GCCCUUUAAAAAUCCAUUGACAUUGGCUGGUGGCUGGCCAGUAGUGAGCCACUUGUGACCGUGGUGGCAGCAACAUUGCAGCUUGCGGUAGUUAAGUGGUUAAGUUGUAGUUGCGGUAUCCGAACCAUUCGAGCGAAGUGAAACAUGUCGUCUCUGGCAAGUGUGGCGUCGAAACUGAGACUUGAUCUGGCUUCCAGACAGCUCCAAUUGGCACGUUGCCACAGUGCGGCGUCUUCAGCGCCGCCAGCACCUGGGAGUCCAGUGAAGAAAGGAGUGAUCUACAAGCGCAUUCCAACGUUUGUGCAGCUCGAAGGAGGCAAGAAAUAUGCCUGGUGUGCUUGUGGCCUGAGCAAGAAACAGCCCUUUUGCGAUGGCAGUCACAAGGGUAAAGACAUCGGUAUUGGGCCAGUUCACUUCACCGUGGAUACGACUAAGAAGUAUUUGUUGUGCCGUUGCAAACAGACAAACAACAGACCCUUCUGCGACUUGACGCAUGUCAAGACAUUCAUACCUGAAUCCAUUCGUUCAUCCCUGAAGAUCAAGCUCUGAAGCAGACUUGUAGACCUCUAGGAUACUGUGCACGGUACUGCUCGACAGCAUUUAUGUUCUGCUUAGCAGCAAGUUCGUAGGAAGUUCUCUGAAGAGCAGCAGCCACACCAUGACAUCUUACAGCACUCGACUGCUACUGAGCAAUGGACAAUUUAUAGACUGUUUUUUUAGAAAGAUGAACUAUCAUUAAAUUUUCCAUCCGUUUCUGAAA